CACUUAUCCAUCAUGAAACUUCUUCUCCUGACCGUCGUCCUGGCUGUGGCCUCCGCCGCUCCCCAGCAGCAGCAGCAGCCGCCCGUCGCCAUCAUCUUGGACGACCGAUCUGCGCCCGAGAACGGAGCCUACUCCUUCCAGUUCCAGGCAGAGAACGGCAUCAGGCAGAGUGAGGCUGGGACGCCAGGCUCAGAGGGACAGACUAAUGUACAGGGAGUGUUCAG